AUGGUUGCUUGCUCUGCUAUGGCUGCAGCGAAAGAGGACGAGAAAUCGCGUGAAAGUACGUCGCCGAGAAGCAGGUGGCAGAAAUGGAGGCGUGGGGGAAUCAUCGGCGCCGCCGCCUUGACCGGAGGGACGCUCAUGGCCAUCUCCGGGGGUCUAGCUGCUCCAGCGAUUGCUGCAGGGUUCACUGCUCUUGCUCCGACGUUGCACGCACUUGUCCCUGUUAUAGGGGCUAGCGGAUUUGCUGCUAUAGCUACUGCUGCUGGACACACCGCUGGCUCAGUAGCAGUUGCUGCAUCAUUUGGAGCUGCUGGAGCUGGGUUAACUGGCUCCAAAAUGGCCAAAAGAAUUGGAAAUGUGAAAGAAUUCGAGUUCAAAGCCCUCGGCCAGAACCAUAACCAGGGUCGCCUAGCAGUUUGCAUCAUGGUUUCUGGAUUCGCUUUUAAUGAAGACGAUUUUUUAAAGCCGUGGGAAGGAUGGAAAACUAACUUAGAGAGGUACAUUCUUCAGUGGGAGACUAAGCAUAUAAUUGCCUUGAGUACAGCAAUACAGGAUUUUCUGGCAUCAAGAUUUGCAAUGGAGCUGAUGAGGGAAGGUGCAAUGCAGACUGUGUUAAGCGGUAUAAUUUCAGCAUUUGCAUGGCCUGCUACCUUGGUAGCUGCUGCAGAUUUUAUUGACAGUACAUGGUCCGUUGCUAUUGACAGAUCAGAUAAGGUUGGGAUAAUGCUUGCUGAAGUGUUGCUCAAUGGACUGCAAGGAAGCAGGCCUGUCACUCUAAUAGGUUUUUCACUCGGUGCGCGUGUCGUGUUCAAAUGUUUGCAGGAAUUAGCUCUUUCAGGCAAUAACGAGGGAAUCGUCGAGAGGGCUGUGCUGAUAGGUGCACCGAUUUCAGUUAAUGACGAGUUGUGGGGGCCUGCCAGGAAGAUGGUUGCUGGAAGGCUUGUGAACGUGUACUCCACCAAGGACUGGAUCCUCGGCGUCACUUUCCGGUGCAGUCUGCUCACGCAAGGCUUGGCUGGCAUCCAGGCAGUCCAAGUCCCCGGAGUUGAAAAUGUUGACGUUAGCGAGCUCGUCGUCGGGCACUCCUCCUACCUGGGACUCAUGCAGCAGAUCCUGGAGCAGCUAGAGCUCAAUACUUACUACCCGGUGUUCUCCCCCUCCACGCCCAGGUCCAGCACGCCCAGAUCGAAAUAA